CUUGUAGCAGCAGUGACUUUCAAACCCGGCGGGCUGCGGGGCGCCACCUGCCACCUGUGGGGACCCGCCCAAACACUCACCUGUGGAGCACCAGUAAACAACGCCCAGUGACUCACCUGGACCUUCAUCACCACUCUCAGCAUGUCGCAACAGCAAUUGGAUUCGCACUAUUUGGGUGAACCUGCGCAAAUCAGAUUGAUGCCUCGCUCAAUAGCUGGCAGUGUGUCAGCACUCUCAACCACUUCAAGAGUGUCAAGAAUAUCUCAAGCCACUACUAUCCGGUCAGUGGCUUCCCUAACUGGCACACUUCAUACCAAGACUGGCUUAUCCAUCCCCAUUCUUCCGAAUGCUUUUGUCACCAACAUACAACGUGGAUCUUUGAUUGCAGCCACAUAUUCCAUUAUUCAGGGACUUUUUGCCAUGGUGACUGGUUUGUUUGACAUUUACGCUCUGUCCCUUGCUUCUCCUGGUUCCAGUCACUAUGGAUUUUACUUGUUCUCUUAUGACUUUGUGUAUGCAGGCAAUCUCAAUGUACGAAACUCAUUGAUGCUGUUUGGAGGAAUAACAGCUGCAGGGGGACUGGGCCUUAUUGUGUGCAGUGUGCUGCUACUUCAGGGCCUUAGGAAGGAAAUGGAAAUGCGUUUGGAACCGUGGAUCUGGUGUAUGGCCAUCUUCACUAUCUGGCGAUCUCUUGUCAUCAUCUAUGCAUCCAUUGUCAAUGACAUGGUCUUUGCUUACCACAUCAUCAUGUGUUUGUUUUGGAUCCUCUUUAUCCUUGGCAAUGUGUAUGCUUGGCUGGUUGUCCACUCCUUCUACCAUGAACUGUGUGAAGUCACCAGGCUGGAGGAUGUUGCCAGAGUCAAGAUGGAGACUAUGAGCACCAUGGGGGGGUACAGUUGUCCAACCACUCCUGGAGCACAAUCCACUUAUUCCACACAGAUGGAUUAUAAAGUCUAGAAAUGUUCUGUCCACUUGUAAGGAUGGAGUUAAUGAGUUCACUUACUGCUUCCCGACCCACAACCCCUGGUAACAAGUCUGAUAUCACAACCAAAAUGAUUGCCUAAGUAUGAGAGGAGCAUAAAAGUUAAUCUUUGUAAAGUUCAGAGGAUCUAUUUUUACGCUUUUGAAAAUAUUUUUUAACUAUGAGGCAGUUCAAGAUAACAUAAAGCCUUCCAUAGUUCUGCUCCUAUGAACGGAAGACAGUUGAAGCCAAAAACGAGGAUCAUUUUCAGUUGGAGAAGUAUUUUGAUGUUCCCCUCUUAAAAGUAUUCAAGUCAUACAAUGUAGCAAAGGAAGGCUGUUCCAGAGUUUACUAGUGAGGAGGAUGAAAGAAAAACUGAAUACUGCUUUAGGAAUUGGUACGGUACAAGGAUGACCCAGAGUAAAAAAUCAUGUGCAGCAAGGCUGAAAGAAUAUUGGAAGCGUGCAGUUAAGAAGUUGAAAAGGGCAAUUAGCAUGAAAACAUCAAUGGAAGAAUGGAAAGGAAGCAACACUGGGGCAGAAAUUUAGAGGUAGGAGACAAUCAUUAAGAGGAGAGGGAUCUAAUGAGACAGAAACCCAUUGACAUUACUCUGUUCCCAAAGAGCUGUGUGUGUGUGGAAUCCCCCCACACAUGGGAUACAUACUCCAUAGUGGGACAAACAGGGCCUUUAUAUAUAAUUAGCAUCUGGAAUAGGGAAACAAACUGGUGGAAAUGAUUCAGAAUGCCUAACCUCAAAUAAUACUGUUGUAGCAAGAUAUGAGAUAAGAAGUGUUGAAGGGAAUAGCUGUGUUGUUGAAGAAUAAGUGAUAGAUGUUUGGAAGGUUGUAUUGAGUUGUAAUGUGGAGAAACUGAUUCUUUUAGACAUUGGAGGACACCAAGUUCCCUCUGCCCCUUUAACCCUUUCGUUGCUAAACGCUCGCUGCAAGCACUAGCGUAACUUGCCGGUGGUGCUAAAUGCUCGCUGCGAGCUCCGGUCGCACUCAUUUCCCGUGUAUGAGAGUAUUCCAACACUAUUUCUCACCCCACAGCAUUGCCAAUUCAGUGGGUUUUCCACAAAAUUUGGUGGAAAAUCAUAUCAGCCUAGCACGGAAAAUCUAUGGACGAGCAACUGGUGGAUGUUGUUGACCAAUAUAGCAGCAUUUUUGCAUAGCUUCACCUAUCACAUAACUUGUAUUUUGACCAAAUAGUUGUAAAUUUUGCAGUUGGCACUACUGCCCUGCCAGCACCCCAUCAUCAAGAGAUCUACUCUGUAGUUGCCUUACGGCUGACUGUCGCGCAUGCACAAAUGUAUGUCUUCACAGGCAACACCCCCUGAACGUGCCUGUACAUUCGCAGGAGAGGCUUACAUUACCGAAUCUUAUAGAUCUUGGCCUACUCUUUCCAAUGGUGUUUUUGUUUUUUUAGCUGUGAUGAAUAGUUUUUGAGAUACAGAGGUUAAAAGAGCGAGCACUAGCGUCACUUGCUGGUGGUGCUAAAAGCUUGCAGCGAGUGCCAGUCGCACUCACAGCAAAUAAAAACCCUGAAUGUGCCUGUACUUUCACAGGAGAGGCUUACAUAACUGAAUCUUAUAGAUCUUGGCCUCCUCUUUCCAAUGGUGUUUUUGUUUUGUAGCUGUGAUGAAUAGUUUUUGAGAUACAGCAGUUAAAAGAGAUCCCCUUCCCCCCGCUGGGGUGCCCGAGCGCGCCUGGGGAGAUAGUCUCGUUAUGAGUGCUUAGCAAGGAAAGGGUUAAACAAGGCAUUCUGUGACUUCCAACCGUGAGUUGUAUAAUUCACACUUAGCAGGUAUACAACCCAAUGGCCAGCUGUUGCCUUCCAUGUUUACAUAGUGUAAACGCAAUCCAUUUCUCAUGAACCCCACCAGGCAAAGUGUUUUUCUUUGUGUGGUUAUAACUCAUGGUGGUGAAGACAUCUUUGGUCGACUGUAUGAGUGCUUAGCUACAUCCAGCCAUAGCUUGAGAUGAUUAGAGGAGGAUGCAGUCUUCAUCAAGAUUAUAGUGGCCACCAAAUGUAGAGUCAGAGAUGCUUACUGAGGAUCCCCUGUCUUGCACCAAAACUAGCCUUAUGUGAAGUGUUUAUAGUAUCAAUUCCAUUUUAUGAUAAGCAGUCAGUUUUGAAAAAUUAUGAGUUUUGAUACCAGGACUUGAAACAAUAGGUGUAAAGCAACUGUCAUUUUCUCUAGUUAUACUUAUGUAUCUCUUGUACGUAUCCCUUGCAGUAUUACGUAGUGGCAGCUGGUAAGCAAUUAUUUGAAUCUCAUGUAUGCAGGACUGGUUUGAAAGCUCAUUUAAAAUUCAGAGAUGGAUGAUGAUAGUCCAGCAUAAUCUGUCACCAUACAAUGGUGACAAAACUGCUCUUUACUUGAAGAAGUCUUAAUUCAUCUACUCAGUCAUUACAUCUUAAUUCUGCCAUUCUUGCAUUUCAUAUCAUCCCUGUUUUCCAAUAUUGUUACUAGGGUUUUUUUUUUUUUUUUUUUUUUUUUUUUUUUUUUUGGUGCAAUUUUAACACUGAAUAAUUGAGUACAUAUUGUUAGCCUCAGCUGCUGGAGGAAGUAGCAGUGGUGGUGGUAAACUACCAGAGAAUAUUGAUAGUACCAAGAAAAGAGCAAAACAAAAAUAUAGAGUUAAGAAGGAAAACAAUAAUGUAGUGAAAAAUCAGGUCAUGUGCUGGCUUGGAACCAGUAGUAUUUUUCUAUUAAUUAUUCACCACAUUUUGUGAAUAUUGUUUCACACCAAUUAUAUUCAAAAUAUAAGAGCACUGUAUAUUGUUUUCUAUAUGACAUUCAUUUUGAUAAAUGGGAAUGAUUAAUAUUCUGGCUGCAAGCCAAAAUAUUGUUCAUGUUCGAGUAUUACAUCUUCCAAAUUAAUGUCUUUUAGUUUAUACAAUAUAUAUUUCAGGUUCAGUUUUGGAUAUUAUGAUAAGUAACCGAUACCUUAUGUAAGCCAUUCAGAAUUUUAACCUAUCUGGAAAUCUCAUAUAAUUAAGAAAGUAUGGUUUGUGUAUUAUGUGGUACAUAAUUUUUUUUUUCAAACAUUUUGUAAAUAUGUAUGAAACACACACACAUACACAUGCACACUGUAAUGCUGUGGUUAGCAUGCUCGCCACAACCAAGAGGUCUCAGGUUUGAUUCCUGGGCACAGUAGAGACACAGUAGAGUGGGCUGUCUCUUUUAAUCCAUUCCCCCUGUCCACCCAGCAGUGAAUGGGUACUGGAUAUCAGUCCAGGAUUGUGUUCUGCCUCCCGGAUGUGUGAGGGUCUGAGGUUCCAGCCAUUCCCAAAGCUCCGUCACCAGAGCUCCAAAGCUCAUUCGUGGAGAGUGCUUGCUUGGGAUCACAGGUUCAGAGCAUGAUCAGACCUUGGUAAAUUACACACACAAACUAAGAUUUAAAGACAAGACCCCAUGAGUGUAGCUCACUUCCUGUAUAUUACAACUAGGUAAAUACACACACUUUACUAAUCCAUACAUUUGAGUAAGGCGUGACCCCUCUUUCUUUCUCAUUUGAAUAUUUUAAUUUUUAGUUGGGGGCAAGGAUCUGUAAUAUGUUAGUUUAAAUUAGUCACUUCUUUGUCAUCAGUCACACAAGGCCCUGCGCAUUAGAAGAGCCGCUUGCGCCACAAUGGCCAAGACCAUGAUAUUGAGCAUAGCACUUUAUUAAAGUCUUAGCUUUUGCCUGGGAAUGGAUGAGUGUCCCUUCAAGCACUGUAGGUAGGGUUGAAUAUCCAUUACAGGAGAAAAGUCCAGGUGGCCAUCAGUGCAGGUGUAGCAUGUUGCUGAUAGGAAUAUUUUGUGUUAAAAGAGCUACCCAUCCAUGAGUGGUGAGUCGCCUUUAUACUGCUGAAAUCGUUGUUGGACUGGGGGCAUUAGCCAAUCAGAGCGCUCUGCUACAGUCAAGUGAUCGCUCUUAGCCAGUGAGAGGCCAGUGACGGUUAGCCAUGUUAAUCCCUUUUGUUUUGGCACUCCUGGUGGAUAGACAAAGGAUGCUCUCAAGUAGUGGCUAGAAGUGGGCUGGAAUGAUUGCAGUUGCAUGAGUGGCCCUUAUGCCAUUGCACACUUUCCCUACCAUUUUUUCACUUUAUAUUAUUGUUAAUAUUGUUUAUUUCAUGUUUUUGGUUCUGCUCAUCGUGAAACAUCAUUGUCACAUGCAGUAUGAACUGAAAGCGCACUCAAAAUUAGAUGUAACUCCCCAUAUCAUAACACAGGUUGCAAAAAAAGCACAGCAUUUCUUUACUGAUAUUGAUAUCAAAGAUUGAUUAACACUAUCAUGAUCCUAAAUGUCUAGCAGUCUUUUUGACAAGUGUCUUGCCAUAACAAAGCAUAACAUUAAUGGUUGUUGAAAGUUUGCCGAACUUUUAGCUCGUUUCCUUGCAUUUUUUAUUUUGGGGCAAGCGGCCCCUCUAAUGCGCCGGGCCUCAUUCAUGAAAUUAGUGAAUUCAAUUACCUGAGAAGUUUUGGUUUUCAUUAUCUUCAAAUUAUGGAUCUUUUUAGUGUAAUACAUGGUAAUUUUCUUUAUUAUUUAGAGUCAUAAGAGGUCUUAAUAUACAUGAUAUAUAUGCAUUAUAUCUUGUAAUUCCUUUUUUUUAUGCUAUCAGUCAUCAGUGAUCCACAUUUUAGCCUCUUUUCUAAUAAGCUUACAAAUGAUAACAAAUGUGUCUGAAAUUUUUCCGUCCAUAUUCAUAUUUUGUGAUAUGUAUAUAUUAAGGUUGUGUUUUAUGUCAUCAAACGUGGUGACCGUACAAUUUGGAUUGAAACUAUCCGUCCAUCAAAUUAUAGGUACUUAUCUACUUAUGUAUAUUUUAAUAAAGCUAAACAGUUA